ACCGCGCGGGCCGCCGUACUUCGCCUCGCUCUCGCUCUCAGUUGGUCCCGCAGUGAAGAUGGCGGAAGCUCCACCGCGGCCCGGCCGCUUCUUCUGUCACCGGUGUUCGUCUGAGAUCAGCCCUCGACUCCCGGAUUACAUCUGCCCGCGCUGUGAGUCUGGAUUUAUCGAGGAGUUACCAGAGGAGGGAAGAUCGGAGAAUGGUUCCACGUCAACGGCCUCCAAUGAUCAGAACCGUCCCCCGUUUGAGAAUGUGGACCAACACUUGUUUACGUUCCCACAUGGUUACGGCCAGUUUGCUUUGGGGAUCUUCGACGAGGGCUUCGACUUCAGGGCGGGUUUGCCCGCGGAGGACAACCGUGACGCAGAGAACCGCAGAGAACGGGAAAUGGCGUCGAGACAGCGGUACGGGGCGAGGCAACCGCGAGGACGCCACGUUCCCCGGAGACAGGGUGCACGGCACGAGGGCGUGCCAACAUUAGAGGGAAUAAUUCAGCAGUUAGUCAAUGGGAUCAUCGCUCCAACAGCUAUGCCAAACAUGGGGAUGGGGCAGUGGGGAAUGCUGCAUUCAAACCCGAUGGACUAUGCAUGGGGUGCCAAUGGAUUAGAUGCCAUCAUAACACAGUUAUUAAAUCAGUUUGAAAACACGGGUCCACCACCAGCAGAUAAAGAGAAGAUUAAGAGUCUCCCUACAGUUCACAUCACAGAGGAGCACGUGGGUGCUGGUUUAGAGUGUCCUGUGUGUAAAGAAGACUACAGUACAGGAGAGAGCGUCAGACAGCUUCCCUGCAAUCAUCUCUUUCAUAAUGACUGUAUAGUUCCCUGGCUGGAACAGCAUGACACGUGUCCGGUCUGCAGGAAGAGUUUGAGCGGGCAGAACACAGCCACGGAUCCACCCGGCCUAUCAGGGAUGAACUUCUCUCCCUCUUCCUCCUCCUCCUCCUCCUCCAACUCUCCAAACAAUGAGAACGCCACCAACAACUCGUAAGACCUCAGCCCACAUCCCGAACACACCGACACAUCGUCAUCAUCUCGGCCUGACCCGCUGAGCUGAUCUAGAACUCUGUGGAACCAGAGACGAACCUUAACCUCUGAACCUGAACGUCACUCGAACACACAUUUUAGCAGCCCCGAUCCGACCUCGAGACGGGUCAGAGAGGACCGCCAAAUCCAGUCGAUAAGAACACUUGUAUUCCUUCAAAUGGCAUUUUUGUUCGCUUUUUUUUUAAGAUUUUGAACAUCAGAGCUAUUGUGUUCCUCAUGAUUUCAGUGCACACAGCUGGCGGACGGAAGCACCUGUCCAUCAUGCGGGAGACACGCUGAGGAGAGAGAUAUGAAAAUGAUACGUACAGUCGAACUGCAUUUUAGAUUGACUUUCGUUUUUCGAGUGAGGGACACGCUCAAAUGCAACCUUUCUUUUUUAUGAUUCGAUUUUUAUUUUGCAGAUAAAUGUGGCCGGUUUGUGAAUGUGCGUUUAGGUGAAUCUCAUGAAACCCGUCAUGAACGCAUCCAGGCCUCACCGCAAAAUUACACGAGGACGUUUUAAGAAAACGAGGCCUGUUUUAAGCCCAUAAUGAUUUUUCUGCUUUGUUUUCAGGGCAAUUUUAGAUUUAGGUCAUCCCCCAAUCCUCAUUUCUGUAAGGAGGGAGAAGGAAUAUUAUUUCAAAUGAAAAACAUUUAUACAUGAUGGUAGGAUUCGUGGUACUGCCUUGUCAAUGUAUGAGGAUUAACAUUUUUACAUCUUUUCUGUUGAUUUUGGGAUAAAUGUGACCUGUUUUGUGAGAUGCAUCCAAAUAGUCAUAUUUAUUGAAAAACAUUAAAAAACAAUUGAGUUGUCAUAUUGUGAAAAGCCAACUGAUCUAAGAAUAUCAACUCGAAGAGUAUAUCUUUCUUUCCCCAAUAAUUAUUUGCACAGUAUUGUUUUGCGAUGAUUAUUAGAACAAAACAGAUACGUGUGAAUGUCUUUGGCAACAUGAUUUUCCAUAUUUAGUAUCAGCCUCAAAACUGAGAAAAAUCUAUGUUCACUUUUCCACCCUGCUUCAUUUGGACUUUUGUCCAGAUGGCACAUUGCCUGAUAACACAACAAAACCCCUCUCCCUCUCCCUCCCUCUUCUCCCUCCCUCUUCUCCCUCCCUCUUCUCCCUCUCCCUCCCUCUUCUCCCUCCCUCUUCUC